AACAGCAUGUCAAUCCUCACUUCCCAGCCAAUGAACAUGAAGCUUGUAAGAAGCAGACACGGCCCUUUGUUGACUCAUCUGGCCCCACCCCCGUGGCGUGGGGAAGCCUUGGUGGGUGUUUCCGGCCAUCCACCCCUGCCUAUCAGAGGCCGUUGCCCACUUGACAGACAGCUCCUCCACUGCCCCGCCCCCUCCCAUGAUCCUCCUGUCAGCGGCCUCCUCUCCCUGGCAGCCAUCUUGACCAGCGACGCCACAGCCCUAUCGCUGCCGGUUGAGGUACUGUCCGCUGGCAUGUCUGACAGCGAUGACGGAAGCCAGGCCCCAGGUGGCCAGGAGAGCCCCGUGGGCGUGGUGGGAGCCUGGGUCAGGGAAGAUGGAGAGCAGGAUGCCCUGAUCCUCAGCUCCGGGCCCCAGGGGGACGGGGAUGACGCCGCUGCCGCCAUAGUGGCCGAAGAAGUCGCAGAGGCCAUGGAGAGCCUGGGGGAGGAGGCCGGGGCAGUGGGAGACCCUGAAAGCAGCACCAGUGAGGAGGAUUCUGACAUUGGCCCAGCUGAGGAGAAAGAGGAGGGAGAGGAGGAGGAGGAAGAGGAGGAGGAAGAGGAGGAGCAGGAGGAGAACUUGGUGCCAGGCCAGAACAUGGUGAUGGACCCCAACCAGUUACCUUUGGCUGGUUUCCACAUUGUGUUCCCUGAUCUGGUGCGCACAAUGCUGCGCCGCCUGUACCACAAUGACCACAUCCUCGUGCGUCCCCACGGAGGCCGCAGUAUCAUCCUGCCCAGACAUCACCUGCCAGGUCAGGCGGCCCAGAUUCGCAUGCCAGAUGCCUCUGGAGAGGGUGCUGCAGCUGUGCUGCCUGAGGACUUCAGCAACAGAGCCGUAGGUUCUGGAGAGGGGUUCCCUGCCCCAGAUCCUGAGGACAAAGUGGAGGCCAAGGUGGAGGAGGAGUCUGCGCCUGGGGAGAUGGCAGAGGAGGCACAGGAGGAGCCCACGCAGGAGGCCGAAGCCCCCCAGGAAACAACUGAAGAAGAGGCCCAGGGUGCUGAAAGUAAGGAAGACAACGAGGAGGGGAACAAAAAACAGGAACCUGAAAAGAAUAUGGAUCCAGCAGAGAGCAGGUCCAGAAAAUCCAGGUAUCUGUGUGUAGCUUUGAAUAUCAUACAACCAUUUCUGGCGUUUACCUGUUACUGACAGCAAUUCUCCCAGUAAAUUAAUUAAGAAAAAAACAUUUGUUUAAAACUAGCUUUAAAAUUCAAUUUUAUCUACUUAGAACGUUAAUAGACUACUCAUACAACUAGUAAUAUAAAACACAUUAUUACUGAACUAAACUUCAUGGCUACUCAUUUGUUCUCAUGAAGGCUUCUGUCUACUACCUGUAAAGACUAACGAAUGGUAAAUAUAUCAGUACCUAAGGCCAAUAUUUGUUUAGAAAACAGUUACUAGAUACAGCAGCU